AUGAAUCAUAUUUAUAUACAAAAAAAGAAAUCCAGAUUACAAUGUUUUGGAAAUGAAAAAAGUACAAUAGUAUUAUAUAUUUUUGCUAUAGAUAAUGAAUUAUUUUAUAUUGGAGUAUUAUUAUGUAUAUUUUUUAUUAUUCUUUGUAUUAUUUACUAUAUUGGAUUAAAAAAACGCCUGACAUGGUUUCUUGUUCCAAUAAUUGUUACUGAAAUUGCAACAAAUACCAUAUUUACAUUAAUGGCUAUUAAGUGGUUGAUUUUUUACACAAUUAUAUCAUUUACCUAUGUAUAG